GCGGCCCAAGCCCCGCCCCGCCGGCCGGCCGGCGUCACAGCGGCGGCCCCGCCCCCGCGGAGCCCGGAUGCGGCAGGCUGCGGAGCCGGGGGACGCGGCGGGGAGAUGCUGCCGCCGUGACAGGGGAUGCACCUGGGUUUCAUUGAUCAUGGACUGUGAAGAACUCCCAGAUUUUUCGAGUCCAAAAGAAGAAACUGCUUAUUGGAAAGAGCUUUCCUUGAAGUUUAAACAGAGUUUCCAGGAAGCACGUGAAGAGCUGGCUGAAUUCCAGGAGGGGAGCAGAGAAUUGGAAGCUGAAUUGGAGGCCCAGCUAGUGCAGGCUGAACAGAGGAAUAGAGACUUGCAAGCAGAUAACCAAAGACUGAAAUAUGAAGUGGAAACGUUAAAGGAGAAACUUGAACACCAAUAUGCACAAAGUUACAAGCAAGUGUCGGUGUUGGAAGAUGACCUAAGUCAGACACGGGCCAUUAAAGACCAGCUACACAAAUACGUGAGGGAGCUGGAACAGGCCAAUGACGACUUGGAGCGCGCUAAGAGGGCAACAAUAGUUUCAUUGGAAGACUUUGAACAAAGGCUGAACCAGGCUAUUGAGAGAAAUGCAUUUUUAGAAAGUGAGCUGGAUGACAAGGAAUCGUUGCUAGUUUCUGUACAGAGGUUAAAGGAUGAAGCGAGAGACUUACGGCAAGAGUUAGCUGUCCGAGAAAGGCAACAGGAGGUCACCAGGAAGUCUGCUCCUAGUUCUCCGACUCUAGACUGUGAAAAGAUGGAUUCUGCUGUCCAGGCAUCUCUCUCUUUGCCAGCCACGCCUGUUGGAAAAGGAUCAGAGAAUAGUUUUCCUUCCCCAAAAGCUAUACCAAAUGGGUUUGGUACCAGCCCCCUAACUCCUUCUGCUAGAAUAUCGGCACUGAACAUUGUGGGGGAUCUCUUACGGAAAGUCGGGGCCUUAGAAUCCAAAUUAGCUGCUUGCAGAAAUUUUGCAAAGGACCAGGCUUCACGGAAAUCCUACAUUUCAGGCAACGUUAGCAGCAGCAUGAUGAGCAGCAACGGCACAAAGUUCUCUCAUUCAGGGCAUACGUCUUUCUUUGACAAAGGCCCCUGUACUCUUCUCCCUGCCCCCAACUGUCGUUGGAGCCUGAAACAGCCUCGUGUGCCCGUAGACCCGAUCCAAUCUGCUGCUGCUGCCUUAUGAACAGCCUAUUGUUGGGUGGUGGGAUUGUGACAGAGGCGUGUAAAGGUCGUAUUCCCCGCAUUGUUCAUGGGUAAUUGGAUUCAUUUGGAGUGAUGAGAUGCAUGCAUUGCAUGCUUGGAGCUGGAGAAUAACCAGUAGUCGGUUCUACUCACUUCUCUUUUUAGAUUUAUGAUCUAAUAGUCUAUUAGUGAAACAUUAAGGCCACAGUUUUUAUCUGAUCACAAUCUCUCUCCCAUCAUUACAUCAGACAGAAUGUCCUGGUGUCAUGUGACGGUUUUCAGACUCAAGAGUGGGGAAUUGGGAAUUGAAUGCAGCUUGUGCUCUCAAUACAGUUAGAGAUGCAUGCCUGUGACUGAACCACACACACUGGUUUUGCUUUAUACUGGCCUGCAUUAUAUCACUGCAGAUAAAACUUCCCGCUCCUUUAGUGUCCUUCAGCUGAGGACCACCUAGCACUUUCUCAAAUGUCAGCUCAUUAAACUUUACAACACCUUGUGAAGCAGAUAAGUGUUAUCCCUGUUUUAUGGAUGGGGAAACUGAGGCAUGGAGGUGAGCUGAAUUGCCCAAGUCAUGAGUAAGUGGCAGGGCCAAGAAUAGAGCCCUGCCUGCUCCCUGGCUCUGUAACCCUCCCAGGCUCCUUCCUAGGUGUGUAUGAUCUUGAAGGGUGGAGGGGCUUGUCUUCCCAUGACCCUGAGUGCUAUGCUACCCAGAGGGUCUCCCAAGCCAGACAGGUCAAACCAAGGGCCAGACUAAGGAGCAAUCCAUUGGCCCUCCAGGUUGAGGAAUGGGGGUUGGGGAUAAGGUUAACACCCUUAUCCUUUAAAAAAUACAGUUGUGAAGAAAGAAAGUCUCAAAGAAGCCCUGAAAACACACAAAUGAUCACAGAGCUAAAGGGACCUGGUCUCCAGUUGUUGUUACUAGUCCCUGUUGCCACACCCCCAGUGUCUGCCAGUGUUACGCUGUUCAGCAUUUGCUGCACAGCAGACACCGAAUCUGCACCUUUUGCACAAAUAUCUGGAACAAAGUCUUGGCCAUUGGUGUUAGCUGAGCAGAGGGGCUUUACAACAUUGCACGUUCCUUGGUCAGCCAAAACCACUGAGUAGUAGCCGGGGAGUCUCUUAUGCUCCUUAGAGCUGUUGCAUUUGUAGGCUCUGAGAUGGGAUCAGGAUGUCCUGGGAAUAGUGUCUAUCCCUGGGCAAACCUGAUCACUCUCAGCAGGGCUAGCAUGUCUACAGAGACCAUCUGUAAUUAUAUGGAGGCUUCAGUCAGAUGGUCUGUUUUUGAAGGCUCUUGAGCAUCCCCUUUGGAAGGAUGUCAGGGAAAGUGGUUGAUCCCUUUUGAUUGGGUCUUAAUCUGGCGCAACAUGCGGACCCUAAACUGGCUGCAUGGAUGGGCUUGGGUGUUAAGAGGUGGGUCAGGAGCUUGGAGAUCUGGGCUCUAUUCCUGGCUGGGCCACACACUCAUUUGUGCCCUUGGUCAAGUCACUUAACCCUUAUGCGUGUUUGUCCAUCUGUAGCACAGAGAUGCUGGUCUAGCUCACAAGGGUUGUGGGGAUUAAUUUGCUAUAUUUGUAGAGCAUUGGGAGAUUCCCCAAAUUAAGGUGCAGUGUAAAUGCAAAAUAUUGCUUAAAAUGCAGAUUAACCAGUGAGGAAAUGUGUUACAUGAUAGGAUAGGAGAGAAGUUAAUUGAAGAAAUUAAUAGCCUAAAAUCCUGAAUCCAUCCCUGUUACCUCAGUCUGUCCGAGAUCACUAAGGCCUAGCUUUCCAAAAGGGACAAGGGAUUUUGGUUACCUGACAGGAGCCUGACUUUCAGCCACUGCCCUCGGACAGUACAUCUGCACAGCAAAGCUCCCAACCUGAGUAGACAGACAUGUGCUGGCAGAAUCUGCACAAGUGUGCUAGAAAUAGCAUUGUGGGUGCUGAGGCUCGGGCUGAUCACCUGAGCUCAGACCCAGGUGGGUGGGUGGCCAUCCCAAGCCCCUCCACUGGGACUACAACAUCACCACAGUGAUUUUUUUAGUGUAGUGGUGCGAGCCCUGCCAACACACGUGUGUCCAGCCAGGCUUGGAUGGUCACUCUCAGAAGAUGCCAAUGCUGCAGCUGGAACUCACAGGCUCCUGUGAUGUCUCCCAUGGGGCCCUUGGGCUGGUCGGGGAAGAACUAGAAAUGCAGAGUGACUCCUGGAAGGUUUCUGUGGACAGCACUUGCUCACACGAGUCCUGCGCUGAGUAGCUCGAGGUCUCACUGAGUGCAAACUGCUCUGGGAGCAUCUCAGAAGCUAGUCUGAAAAGAAGGACCUAAAGGGCAAAUGUGAGACCCGAUGGGUGCUCUUGUCAGUAAGAGAGAAUGGAUUGGAGGGGUUAGGCACAGUAUGUAAGCACCGGUCCACUCAGUUUCACUGUUGUUGUUAUGAUUGUUUGUGAUCAGUGCAAUGUUUUAACUUAAAAUGAACAGGAAGGGGGAAUGUGUUCAAAACUGUACAGAUGGAUAUGGUCUCGGUGUUCUUAGCUUAAACCCCAAUUCUGGUAUCUUCACAGUGGUUGCUAGUUUUUGGAGCUGUUCUUUGUGGCAGUCUUGUAUUCCACCAGUUCUCUGCGAAUCAGAGCAACAGCGUUACGUUUAUUUCUAUAACGAGAUCAAACUAGGGCGAGCAGGGUCUGAACAAUGCCAUGAGAACCAGUUCCUUGCUAAUCCUUGGAGAGCUGCUCUAUAUAUGAAUGCUGCUAUGUUGCCAUAUAAAUAUUUUAGUUAUCAAAAGAUCUGAAACCUUGAAGAGCUCCUGAACAAGAGCUGGAUCUUUUGCCUCUGAAGUGGAAAGCAGAGUUUAUAUAUACAGGACCCACCUUUGGUGCAGUGUAAAAACUAGUUCUUUGGUGCAGCGUAAAAACUAGUUGCUCAGUAUAGUAUAUUGAUGCCUUAUCAGAUACUUGUUUUCUUUCAUAUGCCAUGCUUGCUUCUAAGCGAGCCAGUUAAUCAGUUUUGCAUUUGUUAACCAAUGUCAAGAUUGUGUAUAAAGAUACAAGCGUUCUUUCUCAAGUCUCACCAAUGCUUUCGCAUAGAGCAAUCCAUGGAGACUGUAUCUGAUUCAGUUUUUACAGAUUCAGAAAGAAAUCAAGCACAAAGAACAGAAGGCAAAGGACUAGACUCCCAGGCUCCGGAGCACAGCUGAAGAGUAUGUAGAAAGGCAAAUAAAGGCUUGGCAGGUUUCCGUAUCUAGUACAGAGUUAUCAAUAAACACACCUGUCAAUCCAGCGGGGCUCGACGUCGUCAUCUUUUGCAGAACUCCCAGAAAGGUGUCCCAGUAGAUGUCAGAUCUUUGAAGGUGGGGACUUGUGCAAUUGUCCAGAGACACCUUGGCCAGCAGGCAGGGAAGGUGGGACAUCAGGUUUCCACAGCAAUGUUCAUGUUCAACUGUUCUCAUGCAGAAUGAGCUUUUGGGCGUUAGUUCAUGUUUCUAGAAAAACAAUGAAGUCCCUGUGUAGCGUGGACAUGCCUGUCAGCCCAGCAGGCCCAGAUAACUUAUGAAACACAGUAGCAAAGGAAGGGCAGUUGGGGCACCCCCAAAACGUAUGUUGAUGUUGUGACGUGGGAGCUGCCGCCUGCCCAGGCGAGUGUGAUAAAGGUAUGUCUCUCACAUUCCACCCCAUAAUGCCUGCCACUUGCUGUGCUGUCUUGAAAUACAUUUGUCCUAUCCCAGCCUUCCUCCAUAUCCUGCUCUGAGAUGUGAUGGCCAAGCCAGCUUGAUCCCAUUGUCUCCAGGAGUAGUUUGAUCUGGAGAUAAACUACUAUUCAGCCUUCACUCAGUGCUGCCAAGUGGGGUAAUUGCUCAAAAGAUUUGCAGGGUCUUAAGCUGAAUAAUGUUUUUAGUGUGUCUAGAAGAACGCAGGAAUUGCCAGAGCAGCUCAGAGCCAAGGUCCAUCCACCCCUGUGCCCUGCCUCUGACAGUGGCCAGCCAGAUGCACCCUGCAAUAGAAGGUGAGGGAUAAUCUUCCCCCCACAUUGUGUCCUCCUAAUCCCACAGAGAGAGUCUGAAACCCUGAUGUAUGAGGUUUAAUGGCCCUUCCAAAGAUGCUAGCACUGUCGUACUCUCUGGACUGCGCCAUGGUUUAAUGGGUCCAGGUGUUCACUAGGGUAAGGGAGCUAACCUAUAGUACGAGUCAGGCCCCUCACAAAGCACCUUUUCCCAGCUAGAGGCCAUCGCCAAUAGCCAUGGCCAUGUCGCCCUGACUCAUAGAGCGUGCCAAGGGGCUCCUGUGCCCCCCUCCUUUGUUCCAGUCUCUGCAGGGGUAGGACAGGUAGUGCCAAACCUCCCUGUGCAAUGGGGCAUUAGCAGGGAGCUGCAGACAUUCAUAGACCUUGCGAGCUGAAGCCCAUCCGAUUUUCUCAAGGUUGUUGUUGCCCACCCUCACUUCAGGAAAUGCCAGGGGGGUUACAGGAAGACCCAGCACGGCCUGCUGCCUCUCUAUGUGGCUGCUGGCAGAGCUAACGGAGUCGGAUACUCUCCUUAUGUGGAUAAGACUCACCCCCAGGUAUUGUAACUCCCACCCGGAAGCCGCCUUCCCCCUUAAUGUCCUGUGAUGCCAGGGACGACUUGGCUCAUUUCUGGCACCAGUCAUUCAUUUGGGCUCUGCCACAUCAAUAGCUCAUCUGCCUAGGAUGAUGCGCUCGUCAGAGGGCUUCUGGGCCUUGCUCAGCUACAGCGGAGAGCUCGUUGCAGGUUCCCGAGGACUCUGCUGCCCCAGGAAAUGGCAGGGCUGUACAGGGCACCGGAGGAUAAGAACCAGGCAGUAUUAAAAGGGGACAGCAAUCUGCUGGGGAAGGUCUGCUUUGGAAAGGGCCCUGAGCGCCGCUGAGAGCUGAAUUCUCCCAUGCUGCAGCUGUUUGCAUGCUGACGGUCAUGCACUGGAGCAGUAAUUCACUGUACGAAGCCAAAUUGGAGAAGUUUGCAUUUCCCAAGCCUGCAGAGCUUUGUAGCUCAGCCCUUCCGCCAGGCACAGAUCGAGAGGGAACGCUCUGAUGUUUCACCUCCUUCGCAUGCCAGCAUUUUCCCCAGAGGGCUGCAUCACGGCUGCUAGAUGGCAGACUGAUCCAGAGCAUCUUCCCACGCAGCGAGAGCUAGCCAUUCUCAGGAGUGUUGUGUGGCUGUAGUUAUGGGCGUGGCGUAACUGGCCUCCCAUAACGAAUGUGCCUCACGAGAUUCAGGUGCCUCUGAGACAAGGACAGAGGCAGCAUGGUCGAGGGGUUGGCACAGAAGACUGGGAGUGAAGAGAGCUGAGCCCUAACUGCUGCUGACUCGCUAUGUGACCUUGGAGAGUCGCUUUCCAUCUGUAAUCCCCCCGGGCUUCUCGUGUGGAGCGUUACCCACUGGUUUUGUUCCCAUGCUCCAAGUCUUUCAUUGCUAACCCAUCCCCUUCCUUUGUUAGUGCGGUGUUGGGGUUGCUAUUGAACUGACAGGGUUGCAAGAGUCCCUUUGCCAUUUUAAUUUGUAUGCCAGUCUUGGCUGGACACUGAAUAACGCUGGCUCUGAGUUGAAAGGUGAGCAGUUCAUCUUCCCAGCCUGUGAUUCUCACAGUGCUCCAACCAGCAAUUUGCUGGCUCUGGGAAAAACUCAGUCCCUCUACUGUGACUUCCAAUGCAGGCAGAGCCAUUACCACUACAGCAGGGGUCUCAGGACAGUUCCUUUGAACCCAGGAUCAUAACAUUUUCCAACUCAGUUCAGAGCACUGGCUGUGCCCAGGCUGCACGUGGCCAAUCUCUGUAGUGCGGUGGAUGAAGAUACCUCUUAGACGGACCACCCCAGAAUGAGAAUACCUUACGAGCCUUGAAGAGGAGCUGGUUGAUCUGAGCUGGGGACGUUGGAAAUGCUUCCAUCCUUGGCGUUUCUCCAGGAGUGGCCUCAUGCCCGGUGAUGAUCCUCUGCCCGUUUAUUCUAGCCAAACUUCAGCUAUUUUUACUUCAGUCGGAAGAGAGCAAACCCCCCAUGUUUUAAGGCCCUUUGUCCCUCCCCGUCCUGCCCUAACUCAGCAAGCUGCAGGAGCUGCUUCCUGUCCAGAGGCAGUUUGGAAUCAAAUUGGUUUUAUGGCCCUGCAAAUUGGGACAUGCUGUGGAGAUGUAACUCUGCCCCUAAGACUCCAUCAGUGGGGGGUUGUGUCACUCAGCCAUGUUGUGUAUUAACUCUUUUGAAAUUCCAUUAUGGUAACACUCGGAAUGUAAAGCUCAAAGGUGAGGAAAUUAAAAUUACCCCUGGCUGCACUGCACAUCUUGCAUAUUUCAUGUUACAUCCUGGUGUAUAUUAAUGUAAAUACCAACCCACUUAAACAGCAGCCUGGGGACCGAAAACAUCUGCCAUCCCCAUUGGAGCAGGGUGUAUGUGGCUAGGAGAACUUCAGCCUUUUCUUGACUUUUGUGUAUUUAAAUUGGUAAAUUGAUUUCCCUGGAAGUUUUUUUUUAACCAAGAAAGAUCGCAGCUGUUCAGUUUGCAAACACCUCCAGUAAGAGCUCGUUAGAGGUCGGUGGAGUUUCCAGCUCUGGCAGUGUACACAGAAACACCCCCAGCUCAUUCCAGCCCCACUUAGAAAGUUGUUAGAGCCUUUGCAGGGUCAUAAAGAAGCUUUCUGUGCUGAUACCUGUGCCCGGAGACACUUGUGUACGGUGCGGGUUUUCAAGGCAGACGAUGAUACUAACUUGGCAUCACAGCUAGCAAACAGUGAACGCCCAAAGGAGUAAAGAUUGCCAUUGGCUGUGGACUAACCUGCACUGACUGUUUUAGUUCUGCAAAGAAUGAUGGGGCCUUUUCCUCAGUGACUGCGUGCUAGUGUGCACGCCGUGAGUUUUAAAGAGCAGCCAUUCUUGAGCUGGGUGGGAGCUGCAGAAAACCAGCUGCUAUAAUGGUAUUAUCCUCUACAGUGACAUCAACCAAUGGUGACUGAUAGAGAAUUGACUCAGCCACUGGAGCAGACAACCACCCUGAUGACAGAACUCUCCAGACAGGGAGCGUCUUCUGUCUCCUGAUCGCUGUGCAAUGCAUCCUCAACGGCCCCUUUCAGGAAGCUGUCAAGGCUAAGGAAAGCUGGAUGAGGAGCCCAUUGCCACUGAAUCCCUAGGAUCUUUAGUAAAAUCAGAACCUUCAGACUCUGGGUGUUGGCCCAUCACAUAGCUCUGCCCUGGGGAGCUCUGAAGCUGAGAGUGGCUCUUGGAGCUGAAAGAUGGUCCAGCAGUCAGUGUUCUAGCCUGGACCGGCUUUAGCUUCACCACAGGCCUGGUCUACGCUAGGAAGUGAGGUCAUUGUAACUGCGGCGCUCGGGGUGUCCAGACCCUUGAGCGACACAGUUAACCCCACCUAUCCCUGGUGUAGACAGUGCUAGGGCAACGGGAAUUCUCCUUCUCUGGGAGGUGGAGUACCGGUGCCAAUCAAAGAUCCCCUCCUGGUGGCAUAGGCAGACAUCUUCAGCUGCAGCAUUUUAAGUGUAUACAAGCUUCCAGCCUUCCUGUGUGACAUUGGCAAGUCAUUUAGACUCCGUUCCCCCUCUGUACAGUGGGGCUAGUAAUGUUUCCCUGUCCCCAGGGGAGGGGAGAGGAGUGAGGAUGAGCCCAGUAAAGAUUGUGAGGUGUGUAGACACUAUGGUGCUGCUAGAAAUACCUUAGCUAGAAUGAGAGGUUGCUGUGAGAGCCUCAAUGAAAGAUUUGCCUCUCUUUCCGGAGGAUGUGAAACCGAACCUGGAGCUCCAUGUAGAACCUCAGUCCAGCGCCAUAAAUAGAUGAUCUAAACUAGGAGAGAGCUGCCAGAGCCUGGUCAAAUCAAAGCCAUAUCCGGGGCACGUGUGGAAAGUGUCAGCCUGGAGCAGCUCCCGCUGUAAACCUCUGUUGUGGUUUCCUGACACACCAGAGAAAAGCUUCUCCCCACUUUCCCUGCUGAUGUCAGCUUUACAGAGGGACCCCCUCCAGUUUCUUAGAGCUCACAAGCAAAUGGCUGCCAGGUGUUGUUAGAUGGUGCCUUUGGGCUUGUCUACACAAACACUGGCUGCGCAGGGACUCUACCCCACACGAGCAGGCCAUGCACAACAUGGAUCCUGGUGCUGCGCACUCCCGGUUCCCUGUCAUGCUUGGUCUACCCCGCUUUGAAACGGGAUGGGAAUAAUGCGCAUUAAGUGGUAGCACAGUUCACUGGGCCAGUGAGUGCGUGGCAGGCUGGUGCAGGGUAGAUUUACAUCCUGGCUUGUCAUGAAUUGACUUGUUUUUGUAGACAAGUCCUUUUACAUCCUGCCCUGUCUCCAUAGCAGAGAGCGCCGGAUGGAAACCUAUGGGACAAGACCUAAGGGGCUAGAGCCAAGAAAAAUGCACUCAUUAUAUCAGGCAGUAGCAAAAAUAUGAAGCCCUUUUAACAACACAUACCGGCUGCUGCCUUAACUAACCCAUCAGGGUGUAUGUGUGUGUGCCGCUCCCCAUUACUGGAUGGAAUCAGAACCGCUCUGCCUUGUCUCAUAUACCCUGUACUGCUGACAGCUGAAAAAGAUUCUCCCUGGAGCCAGGGAGCUCUGAGUUCUAUCCCCUCUGCUGUGGGCAGUUUGGGGUGACCACGGCAGGCAACACAGUGACCACCAUGCAGUUCUUGGGGUAGCAGAUUUGUUACAGGGACCCUUGAAACAUAAAUGCUGCUUAGAAAAUACCCAGCGGUUUCCCUGGGAGAUAGUCCGGAAGCAAGAGCUAAACCAAGGGACAGCUCUGCCUACUGGCUUUAGCUGUCCCGGCCUGCUGGCUCCAGUAAGCCCAUGGGGAAGUGUGGGGCUUGAGCUGCUUGGUUCAGAUUGUAUCUGAUGAACAGAUCCCUUGGUUGUGAGGACGUGGCCCAGUGAGCGUGUCCAGCAGCUGGUAACGCUUUGAGUGCCUGGCUGUGGGAGCCUGUUAACAAUGGGAUGGUGCAUGCGCCCAGGACCUGGCUCUGUGGCCCUGCAGCUCCCCAGUGGGCAGGGAGAGUUUAUCUCACAGUGGGAUGUAAAAACCCUGAGCAGGAGGAGCCCAGCCCACUGGAGGCUGAUCCUGUCUCUCUGCUCAGGGCUCCCAUUCAGCACAGGACUUGCACGUGUGCAUAACUUGAGUUGUCCCAUUGACGCGUGGAGCUCAGGAGCACAUGCUGGGGCCUGUGCCGAAGGGAGGCCUGAGUGACAGGUGGAUGGCUUGUGGGACAACACCCUGCCCUCCCGCCAUAGCUGGCUAGCUCCCAGGCCUGGCACGUAGCCCUUUGUUGUCGCUGCGGCCCUUAGUAUGUAUAGGAAGGCAGCUGGAAGGAGUCGGGCUCCCACCUUCCAGCACUGUGUGGGGUGGGGAUGCAGGUACAUUGGCCACAGUGUAUUGCUGUAUUCCUCAUUUACUAGCCUCUCUUGUCUUCUUCCU